CCAAGGCAUACUCCAAGGCACUCCAAAGCAACAUGGUUGAAAAUUUUCUUUUGCUUCUAAUGCUCUUCAUUGGAACAAACAUUCUCAGCAGCUCUGGAAAUUCAUCCGAAGUUCUUUGCAUUGAAAGUGAGAGAGAUGCGCUUUUGAGAUUCAAGAAAGAGCUUGUAAAUCCUUUGAAUCGUCUCUGGUCGUGGGAUGUUGAACAAGAUUGCUGCAAAUGGGUUGGCAUCAGGUGUGACAACUCGACCGGGAAACAUUCCAGACUGCUGGGAGAAUUGGGAAUCACUACAAGUUCUAAGCUUGGACAACAAUAAUUUGUCUGGAAUGAUACCAACCUCCAUGGGGUUUCUAACCAUAUUAGUAUCGUUGCAUUUACGAAACAACAGCCUUUCCGGAGUGAUUCCUCGGGCUCUUCAGAGUUGCUUGGAGUUGAGAGCUUUAGAUCUCAGUCUAAAUGCCUUCCAUGGGAAAAUACCAGCAUGGAUUGGAACGAGCCUAUUGGAACUAAUGACUCUCAACCUUCGGUCAAAUGAGUUGAGUGGUCUAAUCCCGAAGAAACUUUGUGAUCUUUCAGAUCUUCAAAUCAUGGACAUCAGCAAUAACAACUUAAGUGGGUCUAUACCUCAUUGUUUUGGCAAUUUUACGUCCAUGGCUACCAAGAGGGACCUAUCACAACGUUUUCAUUUUAUCUUUAACAAUCACUCCGGUUCCACGUUUUUCGAGAAUGCAUAUGUGAGUACUAAAGGAGGCGAGCACAAUUAUGAUACCAUCUUGUCACUCAUGACUAGCAUCGACCUCUCUAGCAACAGCUUAUCCGGAGAAAUCCCUGAAGAAAUCACCAACCUCUUUGCAUUGAGGUCUCUCAAUCUCUCAGGAAACCAUCUAAGAGGAACCAUCCCAGACAGAAUCGGAGGCAUGAAGGAUUUGGAGUGUCUUGAUCUCUCAAGGAACCAACUCUGGGGACGAAUACCACCGUCCAUGUCGGAGUUAACGUUCCUAGAUUACUUGAAUUUGUCUUACAAUAACUUGUCGGGUCCAAUUCCGACAGGUACUCAGCUCCAAAGGUCUACUCCGUUUAGCUUUAUUGGCAAUGAGCUGUGUGGAGAUCCAUUAAACAAGAGCUGCGAAAUGGAGGGUGUGACCCCAAAAUUUGGGAAUGAAAAUGGAAAAGAAAGUGAGGGAGGAAGUAUUAUUGAUGAGUGGUUUUAUCUGAGCUUGGGAAUUGGGUUUGUGUUUGGGUUUUGGGGGAUUUGGGGUCCAUUGUUACUCAGUAAGGCUUGGAGAGUAAAGUACUUUAGGUACUUAGCUUCUGUAUGCCACAAACUCGCAUAGCUCAGCGAUGUGCUUCUUGUUCUUCUUGUUCUGUUUUGUUCUUUACAACACAUGUCAUCAAGCUUCCAAAUGCCCUGAAA